UCAGUCAUCUGUAUAUUUAGAACAAACCGCCAGACAAUUGCAUGGGUGGAAUAUGAAGGAAAUUCGAAUGACUUUUUCGCGAUUAUGAGAAUUGUGGAAGCCAAUACUUUACAACUUGUCGGUGACUGGUGAAUUGUGGUUGAGGUUUAUGUGUAUUUAUUGCGGCAACGUCAGAAUGGUCAGAGUGAGGGAAAUUCACCAUCGCUCUACUUUUUUUUAAUAACGCGAAUUUAGGAAGCAUGGCCGUGAUGGUACAAACGUUGUUUCGAAUGCAGUAAACGGCAAGAAUAUUUGAUGAUCGUAGUUCUGAACUGUCAUAUACCUGUCAAACGAACGAACGAUCUCGGGCGAGCGAAUUGCAGCCGCAUGGAGAAAUGGCGUCCUUCUGGGAAAAGUUGGCGCAGCCUCUCCCCGAACCAUCGAGCAGAGCACGGAACGCGUCCGCCAUCUUUGGUGCCAGCCCCAGCUUUGGAAUAUCACCUGUACCCCAGAUUCAGUUUAGACCAGCCCCGCCCAAAAGAGUUCCUGAACCAAAGAAAGUCCGAAGGAGCAAUAGUGAUGUAGCGCUCAGAAAAAGACCUUAUCUUAGGCGUAGGUCAGGGGACUUCUGUCAAGCUCAGAGAAAACGCAGCGAGAGCGAAAGUGAUAAUCGUCUUAACGGAGUGAACUGUAACGGAACAACUGCAUCAGAAUCCAAAUUAAGCAGCGGAUCAGGCAGUGAUUGUAUUGAUACUACAGCUGAUAGUGUGUGCUCAUUACCAGAGCAGUCCCACGAUUCGAACGAUUUUUCAAGUCGCUAUCCGCUAUUUAUAUCAGUCAACAACGGUUGCCAAGCGUCAAAUAAAACACGCAUUGUAAAACCAGUCGCUAAGUCAAAUCAGGGCGGUUUUAAACAGGAUAACGCUCAGGAUAAGAGUUGUGCGCGACCGAGACGCAGCGCCAGUUUUUCUACACCUAAAAAACCAGGACCGGCCUCCAGGUCUCCUCAGACGUCUCAAGACUCUUUUAGAAACGGAAGCCUCCGCCGCGAGAAAAGUGACAUUGUUAGACCACGUCGAACGCAAUCACCAGCUAAUAAUAACAACUCUACCCCGAGUAGCGCGCGAUCAAAUUCAUCCUCUAAUCUAAAACGGGAAAACGGUACUAUACCGAGCCCGCGUUCACAAUCGCCAGCCGGACUUCAACGUGAACGUAGUGACAUCACUAAAAAUCGUGCGUCGCCGAGUGUAAGGAGAGAAAAAAGUGACAUUGUCCGGCCGCGAGGUAAAUUAAGAACUAAUUCGCCAAUUGCAACCCACGAGGAUACAGGAAGUAAUAUAAAUAGAACAUCUAGUAAUCGAAGUUUAACUUCAAGUUCGUUGAGUAGCUCUCCUUCUAAGUGUUCAAUAGAGAGUAGUCGCUCCCGCUCGGGAAGCAGCAGUGAGAUGUCGAAGAUUCCAUCGCUCGUUCGGUCGCCAGGAAGCGCUGAAAAAACAGACUCGCACGUUUCCCGCAUACCUUCAAUCACAAAGAAAAAUGGCGCUGAGGAACGUACUCCUCCGAAGAGCAAAAUUCCGUCCUCAAAUAAAUCCCAAAUACCCACAACAGGACGUAAGGAGGGCGCUUUGCAGAAAGACAAGACAGGAGGCAAAAUAUCUUCAUCAGCAACAUCCUCACACAACAGACCUGAUUCUGCUAAAGAAAAUAAAGAUCCUACAAGUGUACCAAAUGGUCAUGAACCUGCCAAGCAAGUCAGUAAAAUUCCGUCUUUCUCCAAGUCUGGUAUUCCCAAGUCUAGAAUACCCUCCGUGACUCGCAAAGACAGCCAGAAUGAAGGGCAGGCGGCGCAGAAUGGAGGAGAGGCACAUUCUCCUGUUACUGGUACCCAAAGUAAGAUACCCAAUGCAUCUUCCUCCCCUCAGGGGAGCGGCAUUCCUAUGGGUGUCAGCCGCAUUCCAUCCUUUACUAAAUCACCGUCAGCAUCCCCUGGAACUAAAAUACCCCAAUCAAAACUUUCCACUGUGGUAGGAUCCAAAGCUACAGAACCGGAUGGACCCCCCGAGAACUCGUCAUGCACUCCAACAACCCCUUCCACACCGUCCGAUACGACCCCCGAGUCAAAGGUUCCUACAGCAGGAGGGUCCAAGAUUCCAGAACCUAAAAUCGCCGCUAAGUCUCCAUCAAGUUCCCUUCCAAUCGCAUCGAAGACAAGUGGGAUUCCGAAGCCUGGCGAAUCGACACCAUCCAGCAAGAUUCCAGGUCAUGCUGGCGACAAAUUAACGCGUAAAACCUCAAGCGCAGAGAAAGAAACCGUGCCUACUGGUAAUCCUACAGCGGCGUCCUCGCCCGUGGAGAGCAAAAUUCCUUCGUUCCCGAAGCAUGCAGCCACGCAAAAGUCCGUGGGGAACUUACCCAAUGAACACGAGCAGGCUGCCUCUAAGCCCAGAACAGGAAUACCAACUUUUGGUGGUAGGCAGCCUUCUUUCGACAAGGAGCCUGCUACCCCUCCCAGUACUCCAAUACGAGAAAACUUCUCUUCAGAAUCGCCACUGGAUAAGUACAUUUUCUCCGAGGCGAGGAAAAUGGAACAAAUAUUUCGCGAUGAGCCCAUUGAAGUGGUUGUACCGGCCGCAGAUUUGGAGGAGGACGAGGAAUUCUUGAGACAAGAAAAAGAAAUCGAGGAACUUGAAGAGAACUCGCAUGACUCGGAGCUGCAGAUGCUGGAUUCAAAAGAAGCAGAGGAUUUAAUCAGUGAAGUGUUGAAAAGUUAUGCUCCCGACAUCAACACAGAAAACCAACUUGAACUGGAUGAUAGUUACGUUUUCUCCGUGAAGGGUGACAACAAAAACUUUAAAGAGAAGGUCAAUAUUGAUGACAUUGUUCUUAAACCCGCCAGCAACGAAAAUGAGUCACCAAAUGAGACGAAAAUUGUGGAAAAACUGUCAACGAAAGAAGAUGUAGACGAUGGGAAAGCCAAACUUGGUAUCAAAGAUUUAAUGGCUGGAAAAGAUGUUGUCCAAAAUGGCGCAGAUGUCACAGAGGAAGCAACUAAAAACAAGGAAAAGGAAACUGCCAUAUUGGAGAACAAGAAAAAGACACCAGAUUUGAAAAUUUUAAUGCCAACUGAAAAGGUUGUUGAAAGACAAGUUGACGAAAAGACUGAGAAAGAGGCUACAAAGAACGAAGGACCCGCGAUUGACACAUUGGGUGAGUACGCUCAGCAUGCCAGGCGCUCGCGCAGUCGACAACGAAAAAUUGUAAGUCCUGAUUCAGAAGAACCUGGGUUUGUUUCAGAACCUGAGAAGGAAGUUGAAAAAGAACCUGAAAAACCGAACGAAACAGAGAACAUCAAAGAGCCACCCAAAAAGGACAUCAACAAAGACAAAUUCGGAAAAGCUCCGUUUGAAAGCGAGAAGAAACCUAAAGUUGAAGCCUCAAAAACGACAAAAUCGAAAUCAAAGAACGACAAGCCGAAGUUCCUGAUUGAAUCGUCGCUCGGGAAAGAUUUUUACGCCUCUCGGAAAUCGAAUGAGAGUGUCGAAUCACGAGAUAGUAUUCAUGAUGAUGUCGUGAAAUCUUCGUUCAAACCCGAACUUUCCGCGCUCGUGUUUGAAAAUAAAAUCGUGGAAGAAAUGUACACGUUAAAACAGAAAGAAUCACCGGUUGAAGAAGCCGUUAGCUUAGAGGAGGCAGUGUUUGAAGACGUUGAUUUGCUGUCAGAGAAAAGCUUGAAGAAUGAAAGGCGAGAAAUUACACGGAGUGUUGACGAACUUGACGAAAAAACUGUAAAAUGCAUGGGAUGUGGACGAGGUGGAAAGUGUUCCAUUAUGUAGUUGAAACAAGUUGGAAUUCUGGGGUUAUUUUCGAUUUCAUCGUUCAAUUAGUAUUAAAAUGAGUAACCGCCAUGCAUUUCAAGUGUCAUCUCUUUUAAAAGAAAACUUAGUUGUAUCCCUUCGUGUCGGUGUUUGAAAAAAACCGGGUUUGAGUGAAUUUGUAAUGAAAAUUUGCUAUUAAAAACUAUUUAAUCGUA